AUGAAAAAAAUCUUCAAAUCACCGAUGCCGCCCUUCAACAUGACAGGCACACCUACAUACCGCCCGGCUGAGAUACAAUUCAUACUGCACUCGCUCGUGCGUCGCGUCAAGCACAGUCAGAUCAGGCAUGACUUCGAGCACAUGUUCAGGAGGCGCCUGGCGCCCAACCAGAUCCGCUACGUCAAGAACAAGUACGGCCGGGACUCGCGGUACAAGAGGCGCCUGGCGCCCAACCAGAUCCGCUACGUCAAGAACAAGUACGGCCGGGACUCGCGGUACAACUCGGUCAUGGUGAACUACCGAGGCCGUCACGCCGUCGACCUCGAGGAAGCCCUCGGCCGUCCCCGGCCUCCCCCUCCCACCAUCGCACCCGACCCUGCGGCUUCUGUCCUGGCCGGGCCCGAGCCGCACUCUCACUCGGUCCGUCACCAGUGGAUCGACCGGUCAACCGAGCUGUCACCCCACGGGCUCUACUCUCCCCAGCAGCUCAUGAACGGAUGCGCAUCCCUCCCUCUCCCUGCCCCCCUCCCUCUUCCUCCCACCGACUUCUCCGCCCUCCCCCGGGACACGGUGACGCCGGUUGCCGACGCCAGCGCCGACGUCGACCAUCCCCGAUCUCGACCGCAGUACGUCGACCAGGAUCAGGACCCGGGAUGGAGCUCGGCCGAGCCCAGCCUCAACGGCGGUUCGGCCAAGAUGACCCCCUCCGUAUCCCCGGGGACGACCCUUUCCCCUCCCGUGGAGGACACCGGCACGCCCCCCGGCUUCGACGACCCCAUGCACGCCGCAAUCCACAUGUCCGUGGCCGUGAACGGGGCCGCCACCGGCCUGGGCCCGGGGCAAUACUACGAUACCCGACUACUCUCCGACUCGGGGCCGUACAGCAACCCCGACCUCUCCGCCAUCUCCGCCCACGACGCCGGCUACCUCGAGCCCGCGGCCUUUGCGAGCGAGCCCCUCCUCGACCAUCACCAUCACCCCCCCCAUUCCCCUCCCCCGGUCCUCAUGUCGGUCGAGCAGGACGCCCUCGACGACGUCGAGGUCAUGUUCUUCCGGCAGACGGCGGCGGUCGGCAGCCUCCGCGACGAGGACUACCUCGCGUCCACCGGCCCGGUUCUCGGCCCGGUUCCCGGCUUCGACGUCCCGCCCCGCGACUUCUGGGACUACUACUCCCCCGUCCCCAACGUCGGGCCCGUCGAGCCGCACGUCUCCCUCGGCGACGAUCCGGUCGGGACGCCGUCCGGCUCCGGCAUCGCCAACUGCGGUCUCGGGCUCGUCAACCUCCCCGCCGACAUCUACGCCCGGGACGACGGCACCCGUCGUCAGCCCCGGGACGACGCACCCCUCGUCGCCACCACGCGAUCUGGCCACUCCGGCGCCGGCGCCGGCGCCGGCCCGGUCGAGGACCCCCCCACCCGCCAGGCGGAUGCCGCCCCGGACACCCAGAAGCCCUACACCGACAUCUACAGCCCCUUCUUCCCGUAUACCUACAUGCCCGACGACACCUACGGGCCCGGCGCCUUCCACGUCAGACCGGGCCCGGCCGGCCCCUGGGGCUUCACCGGCCCCCACGUCCCAACCUACGACGACCCCGCGGCUGCGCGUCCGACCCGCGUCGACCCGGCCGACCACGAACCGGCCAAUUUCCCCUCUGAGCAGCACCGUCUCGACGACGAGUACUACGAGGAACCUGGGAGGUUCCCGAGGCCCUGUGAUGCUCUUCUUACCUCGCCUCCUCCGAUCAUCAAUUACAACUCGCCUCUCGAGGACGUUGAUGGCGAUUAG